GCGCAUUCCGGGCGCAUGGCUAACCUCACUGUCCUCAACCUAUCGAGCAAGAAGCUGAACGGGUCCAUACCAGCUACCAUGGGCUCAAUGACGUCUCUCAAGCACCUCUACCUGCAGAGCAGCUUUCUGUCGUCCUCCCUGCCCUCCACUCUGGGUGGACUCUCCGCCCUGGUUGACCUUGUACUCAGCGGGAACUCACUGCAAGGCACCAUCCCCAACACCUUCAGUCAACUCACCAAUCUCGAGCAGCUGGUCUUAUGGAUCAACGAAAUAGCAGGGACACUCUUAGACAUGGCCAACAUGACCUCUCUCACAACACUGUCUCUUGAGUACAACGGCUCCAAUCCUGCAGCCAUUGGGGAUCUCUCGCUGCUCACUGUCCUGUACACACCACCCAGCACACCACAUGCUCUUUGUGCCAUGCACCACGGCCCCACAUGCCUGUAG